AUGCCUACCAUGAACUACCUUCACAUCACCUCAUUCGAGGUCAGUGCAUCCAUUGCAUCGGCCGGGCCCGCUAGCCCCUACACCUCCAUCCUCCUCACCUUCAGUCCACCACCCCCAACCACCAAGUCCAUAACCUGGCAAUUCACGCGCUCAUCAGCCGCCGAAGCCGUAGACGCCAUGGCCCACGGCCCAUCCCCGCGACCCAACCCAUCCACAAAGUACGUUGUCAGCAUGCUCCGCGACUGGGACAUCAACACCUUCCCGAACCGCGUGCUCCUCGACCGAGUCGCAGCGCGAGACGCAGACCUCUCGCAGGUCCUUGAUCUGCUUAAUCUCGAGCAGCAGCCGCGUCGGGGGUUUAUGAUGUACACGCUGCAGGAGACGGGGGGUUCGGUCGCGGCCGCCCUGAAGACGGUUUGGGUGGAGGAUAUCGUCGGGAUAUUGACGCACCUCGUUGAUCGUGGGAUCCUUGUGCGCCGCCCUGGAGAUCCGGCUGUUUCGCAUCAACAGGUGAAGAGCGAGAUUGCGGCGUUGGCGAGGGUGCUGAAGACUGCGUUUGAUGCGCCGCCGGCGGAGGCCCCUCCUAUUGUGGACUUUGGUCCGUUUCAGGUCGCUGCGCAGCCUCAUCCUGACAUGGGCUUGGAUGAGGUGACCAGUGCCCAUCGGGGUGUGAAGCGGGGUCGUGAGAUGUAA